CAACUCAGCAGUGUUUGAGCGUCUUCACCAGUGAAACUGUAGAUUGACAACAACAACAUUAUGGCAACACCAGAUGGGUUUCCAGCCAGUUUCUAUGGUGAGCCAGGAGUGUUAGGCAUAUUAUCCAAUGGGAUCAGUGCAUUCCUCGUGCUUCUACAGAACUUCAAUACAGCACACACCGGCAAUGCACCAGUGGGAGUGGAGAACAUACUUGCAGGUGUUCACCUCAUCCUGAUUGGUGGUUUAUGCCAACUGGUGGCUGGACUGCUUUCCUUUAGAAAAUACGAUCAUCUGAGUGGCACUGCCUUCAUUGGCUAUGCUGCUCUUUGGGGCAGUUAUGGUGCCACCAGAAUCUUCUUUGGUGCCACAGCUGAUCCUCCUGCACAUUUGUCUGCAAAUUUGAGCAACGUGUUGUCGAAUGCCACUACAGAGAUCCCAAUUUUCCUGUCACUGAAAGAGUCAGCGAUCGCUGGUCUGGUGCCCUAUAUCCUUCUGUCCUUUCUCAUAGCCUUCUGCUCUGCCACAGUCAACUACAUCAUGCCCUUUGUCUUUGGGGCCCUCACAGCCACCUUAAUUUUUGAAGCAGUGAGUCUAGUAGCAAGCCCCUGGGCUCUCGUGGUCUCUGGGGUUCUAGAGUUACUCAUUCUGAUUUUUGCCAUCUACGGAGCAGCUGCACUGCUCGCCAAAGGUCUGACUCAACGUCUAGCCCUCAAAGGCUUCGGGACCCCCCUCUUUAAUGUUCUCCUGCUAGGGACCACCAACUCAACAAGUGCCCAGAGCAUUGGCCAAGAGAAGAAGAAGAACACGAAAUACGCAGAGCCCAUGGCCCUGGGUGUCUUCUGUGACACUGUUGCCUCCUUCAUCUUUGCGUUCUACAGCUUUGGGUACAUGAAGGCCUUUGGGUUGGGGGCUGCAUGGGUCUCAAUCACCAUAUUUGGCCAGCUGUUGUCCAGCUACUACGCCUAUCUACGUCAAGAUUGCUACCACACUACUAAGUUUGGUCUUCAUGCCACAUAUUGGCUGAUCCAGGCUUGGGAUGAGUUUGUGGUAUCUGUUCUGGUUGUGGAGAACACUAGAGUGGUCUCAGGGAGGGAAGCAAUGGUGGGGAAUUGGUUUUUUGUGGCAGCGGGCUUGGUGCUCUGUGUGGCAAGCCUGAACACAGAUGUUCUGGAACUGAUCCACAACAUGCUGUUUGUUGUGAUCACAGUCUCAACAGUCCCCCAGAUCCCUCCACGGGGAUACUACAUCUUCUUUGGCGUAGCUUGCUCCCUGUUCACCGCGGCCUCCCUGUAUAGCACUUUCUCACGUCUCAUCAACACCAUAGCAGAGAAGUCUCUAAUCCCUAUAGGACCACAGCCCGUCUCCACAGACCAGUUGAAGAAGGCUUUGAGCUGCGGCAGGGCCAAACAGGGAGUCCAGGAGGCACGGGCCCAUACCGACCAGGGUUCAGACGCCAUGUUCUACCUUUCCAAUGGGGUUGCAGCUCUCUCAGCUCUUCACACAAGAUCAUCCAGCACAAAUCCUGCAUUCCUUCAUCUGACUGUCCCUUGGGUCCUUAUCUCUGGAGCCAUCAUCCAGGCCUAUGUCAGCCGGCUGCAAGUCACAGGAGGGGGCCGUUUUGGGUCAGUCAUCUCAUCCAUCUAUGUAGUAGUGUGGGCCACCUGGACCUGGUUUAGGUUUGCAGGUGAACUGCUUCAGCUUUCCACAGAGGCAGCCUACGGUUUCACAGCAGGAGCCAUUGCUCUCCUGGUCAUUAAUGCUUUCCUAAUGCUGAUUGCUGCCUAUAGGAACCUAGUUUUGCUGUUUCUAACGACCAUCAUGGAGGUUGUUCUGGUCUGUUUCCUCCUUUCCACUCUGCAGCGACUGCCAUAUGGGCUCGAGAUAGCCAUGCUUGCAAUACUUUCAACAAUUUGCAUAUAUGGAGCUCUGGCGUCACUGGUGAACUGCAUCUUCUCACAGAGACUGCUGCCUAUGGGCCCUCCUCUAAUAAAGGAGGAGGUGAAGCAGGAGUCUGCUUCAGUGCUACCCUGUCCUGCGGUUAAUUCACGGCUCACCAGCGGUCUCCUGAAGAUCGCUGGCAUCCUGGAGGAAGGAGGAGUAUGUGGUAUUCCCACAGACACUGUGUAUGCGCUGGCCGCCUCCUGCAAGAAUCCUCAAGCUAUAGAGAAAAUCUACAACAUUAAAGACAGACCGGCAGAGAAGCCCAUCUGCAUUUGCAUCUCUAAUGUGGAGCAGCUGGUGGCAGCCAAGCCUCCCUUCAGUCCUCUGCUGUGGGAGUUUAUGAGAAAUGUGUAUCCCGGAGGCAUCAGCUGCAUCGUCAGCAAAGGGGACUGGCUGUUCAGACUAGGAGUGGGACCAGCUUUUGACCGUGUCGGUACCAAGGACAGCAUCAUGAUCCGCGUCCCUGACCACACCGUCACCGGCCACCUGUGUGACAUCACUGGACCCCUUGCUAUCACCUCAGCCAAUCCCAGCGGAGAAGCAGACAGCACCCACCACAGCAUGGUCAUCAAUCGACUGGGACACAAGAUCCAAGGGGUUCUGUGUGACGGGGACUCAAAUGAAGUGGUUGCAUCCACUGUGGUCAACUGCCUGAAGAUCGACGAAGGGACCAUCACCAUCGUGAGGGAAGGCUGCGUCCCUGCAGUAAAAGUCCGACAGAUCUUUGACAGAGUGAAAAGCACCAUGGUGUGAUUGUCCUGUACCUUGCUCCUCUCCUUCAGUGAGCCUCCUCAUGCCUGGUUCCAUAUUAGAUCGGCUUACUCAGCUCCCCAACUCCAACAAUCUCAGACACACGUUAUGAACAAUAUGAGAAACACUGAGUGAGAGACAGAGUGUUGCUGGUUGUAUAUUUAUUUAAAUGUGUAUGUUACAAUAAAAUAACUGUUUGUUUCUGAGCUGCUUAAUUCUGGCCGAAAUAAAACUGUAAGAACUUUAAUUUAAAUAAGUGAAGAUAAUAUCACAUAAUCUUUAUGAAAUGACAAUUGUAAAUGUUUAAUCACUCUUUAAACCUUCAUUGAUAGAUGUAAAUUCUACUGUACAUGGACAUGACUUUCACACUUGCUAAUUUAAUGCUAAUUUGAGGG